CCCUCUGAGCAGAGGGGGCUUCACUCUCUCCAUCGUUACUCACCGAGGGCGCUUCAUUCACUGCUAACGCCACACACGUCGAGCUACCGCUCAGACCACAGCGCCGGACACACAUUCACUGACCUCAUUUAGACUGAAAUAGAGGGAUGACAGAUGACAAGGAGGGAGAAAAGGUCAUGAUGUGGAGAUCUUGACUGCUCGAAACCAGAAAAGAUGGACAUAUUGAACACAAGCAUUGCUGCCAAUGAGACCAGCCGUUUUACUCCAGCCGAGAAGGUGCUCAUCAUUCUAGGACUGAGCUCUUUGAGUCUAAUCACAAUUAUCGGCAACGUUCUUGUCAUUGUCUCCAUCAAGGUCAAUAAGAACCUCCAGACGGUCAAUAACUACUUCCUCUUCAGUCUAGCAUGUGCUGACCUUAUCAUUGGCGUGUUCUCCAUGAACCUUUACACAGCCUACAAUGUGAUUGGCCACUGGCCUUUAGGGCCUGUUGUCUGUGACCUGUGGCUGGCUCUCGAUUAUGUGGCCAGCAACGCCUCUGUGAUGAACCUCCUCAUCAUCAGCUUUGACCGCUACUUCUGUGUGACCAAGCCACUCACCUAUCCAGUUCAGAGGACUACCAAAAUGGCAGGUUUGAUGAUCGCGGCGGCUUGGAUCUUGUCCUUUGUUCUGUGGGCUCCUGCAAUCCUCUUCUGGCAGUUCAUUGCGGGUGAGCGCACUGUGAAGGAGGAUGAAUGCUACAUUCAGUUCUUCUCCAAUGCAGUGGUCACCUUCGGCACCGCCAUCGCUGCCUUCUACCUGCCCGUGGUCAUCAUGAGUGUGCUGUACUGGCAGAUCUCCAAAGCCAGCCGCAGCCGCGUCAGGAGGAGAGAGAGUCGGAAGGCAUCUGGCGCUGGUCAGGAGAAUAGGAUUCAGUCUAUGUCAGUCCCAGAGGGGAACGAGGGAAGAACACAAAGCCAGAGAGUAGAGGACAUGGUGAGCCGAGGACAGCGAAGUGGUUCUGAUGCUACUACAGGUGAGGACAGAGAGAGUGAAAAUGACUCCACAUCUGGCAGCGUUUUGGCCUCAUCCAAUCAGAGAGAUGAGGAGGUGGUUUCCGUAGAAACUAACGGUGUCAUCAAGAGCACUCCACGUAAAACCUCAUCCCAUGUGAAAGCAAGAUGGGCCAAACUAACUUGCUUUGGAACUUCAACCAGAAAGAGCGGAGAUGAUAGCUAUGAACCUGCCAAUGCGAAUGAGAAGACCAACCAUAGCAAGGAAAGGCAGAGUCUGGUGGCCCUGAUCCUCAUGCCUCCACAUAAGAAGAAGAGGAAGUGUGCAUCCUCCAGAGAGAGGAAGGUGACAAGGACCAUCAUGGCCAUCCUGGUGGCUUUUGUGGCCACAUGGACUCCAUAUAAUGUGAUGGUGUUGAUCCACACCUUCUGCUCUACCUGCAUCCCCAGCUCCAUGUGGGUCAUGGGCUAUUGGCUCUGCUACAUCAACAGCACGGUUAACCCCGCCUGCUAUGCUCUGUGCAAUGUAACCUUCAAGAACACCUUCAAACAGCUGUUGAUGUGCAGGUACAAAAACAUUCGCACAGCCAGAUAAAACAAUGACAAGGGCUUUCAUGGUCAAAGCCUGCAUGCAUUUUGUAUUAAAAUGGACAAUGGAAAGUUCUGGGUCCGUAUUCCUAAAAUGUCUGAGAGUAAGAGUGCUGUUCCUGGGUCAGUUCUUCUUUUCAGGUAACAAUAAUGAAAAGAGUGUGCAUUCACAAUUUUUAGAGAGGAACAUGUCUCGUUCAAAUUGGAAAUGUAAAUCAGGUGCAACAGAGAAGAGAAAACAUGAAUAACAGCCCACAGUGGGGGCCGUGAAAUACAAGCACAGAUGUUAUAUGUGAGCUCAUUCAGCUUAUCAGUUCUGUAGUGGUUGUGUGGAUGGGACACUAAAUAAAGCUGGCUGUUACCAAAACAUGCGCAGCCUGCUAUUCAGCAGAGAUAAUUAACUAUUUAAGACCUGACCUGACUGAAUGUGAUGGGUUUCAUUUGAAAACGUCUUCCAUCCAAAAGAAAUUAGUCCAAAUGUGGCUGAUCACUUGGACCAGCGAGAUCAUUUGCACAAAGUCUGUUACUAUACUAGUGGUUUUUAAACAGUCACACACUCAAUGAAUAUAUUAUGAAUACAGACCCUUGAUCUAAUGCAUCCAAUGUAGCACUACACUCAGGUCAAUAUCCUGUGAUAAUGAAGAAUGUAAUGCUUUGCUCCAUAUAUUCAGGAUGUGUUCUUUAGGCUACCUGGGAAAAUAGAACAUUUUAACAGGCAGAUCAUUGGAUUUCAUCCAAAUUGUUAAUUUGUGGUAGACUGGACAUGGAAUAUGUUUAGAGAUCUUCUGUUGCCUUCUAAGAAUUCUCUGAAGCUUAAAGAUAUGAACUUGAGAUAAUAUUUUCAGAAAUCUGCUCUUUUUCUACUUAUCGUCUAAAACCCUUUAAGCAUUUAAACCUGGCUUUAAAACAUAUGCCAGUUUAGAUCUUGUUAAUAGUUAUGUUAAUUGGUGUAACCCAAAAACCCAUUUUAAAGAAGAUUCAGAAGUAGUCAAGGAUGCAAAGUGCGUGUUUAUAUCUGAAAAUGUAGAUUUAAUUUUUUGAUAGCUUACUACAGCAGAUAGCUGAAGGAAAGAAAUCUGACCACACUGCAGGUUGUUAAAUUAAUCUAAAGGCUAAGCAUACAUGAGAUGCAGCUUGUCUGUCUGAUCAAGGUAGUUCAGAUACAACUCUCAACUUUUUAAAUAAGCCAGCUGUUAA